AUGGCAGCCGACCAGAGCGAGUCAACAACCCAGCGCGAUAUCCUCGCCGAGAUCGAAGCAAUCCUGGCAGAGCUGGUAGAAUACGACCCGGUAUGUCCAGGAUUCGGGACGACGUGGACAAAACUCUUCGCUCCGGGAUCCGCCGCCACCGCCGCCACCGCCGCCAUCCUCGCAAAACCCGCAGUCGCACCGCCGACACGAAAAACCGUGCCGACGGUCGGCUGCGCGGUACAGCGCUUGGACACGCAGCAAAGACGGAAAUUGGAGUGGCUCACCACCCCGCCACCUCCACUAAGCCAGGCGAGGCCACAAUCCGGACCCAAGAUCACCAACGUGGAGAGGGUGAAUCUCGAUCUUGCGGCCAUACGGGGCCGCCUAACAACCAAGCCCCUGGCACCGCCACCGACACCGGCCAACAACUCGCCGGCAUCGACGAAACCUCCGCCGCUACCGAUCACCGGCCCAAUGGCGCCGCCGAAAGCAACCACAGCCAGGAUCUCCGCGCCGCCGCCGCCGCGGCCAGCACCAGCCGACGUCCAACCGUUACGGGCGGAAGGGACACAACUACCACCCCCGAUCCCGGUAGCUGUGGAGGACGGGCACAUCGUGUGGGUGCCCCACUACCACGCGCACGUCUCCCGGCAGCACAAAACGCGGUCGGGAGGAAAACGAUGGCACAUCCGAUUUAAUGCGACCGGCUCCGUCCGCAGCAUACGGGAAAUCGGGCCAAAAAUGUAG